AUGACAAUGUUGACACUGCUACUGCUCAUGAUGAGUGCUCUUUCAUUGAAUGCCGUGCAAUUUGAUGUUCUUCGUCGAUCUGAAAAGUGUCUUAGUGAUGAAGUGGCUCAGGAAAGUCUUGUGGUGGUGUAUUACGACGUGAUUGGGAGUGGACGUGGUCCAUCGGAUGUCUCCAUCGUUAUCAACGAUCCACUACGUAAGUUGAUCAAGCAGGACGUUAAUAUUGAUACGUCAUCUGAUGAUAUCCACAAGUUUUCAUUUACGGCAAAUACUGGUGGUAAUUAUGCCGUGUGCUUUCGUAACAACAAUGACAAAUCUGUGCGUGUUCUGUUGGACUUUAAACAUGGUGUUGAGGCAAAGGAUUAUACUGAGGUAGCUAAGAGAGAACACCUUAUGCCAGUGGAAAAAGAACUACGCAAGAUGGAAGACGCGGUGGAUGAAAUUCAUCGAGAAAUGCUGUAUAUGCGGGAGCGUGAAGCCAUGAUGCGGAACACGAAUGAGUCGACAAACUCACGUGUGCUCUGGUUUAGUUUCAUUUCCAUCCUUGUACUAGUGGGUAUGGGUGUGUGGCAGGUUUUGUAUCUGAAGAAGUUUUUCAAGAGUAAAAAGCUGAUUUAA